CCGUAAAAACUUCUCGAACGUGCAGUCGUCGUCGAGCGCUUCGUCGUGACAACGACGUUCACGUUUCUCUUCGUUUCUCCGGCUUGCAAAUUCAUUACUUAUGAUAAUCAUUGCAAGAGCACACUGACGUGUUGAACCGGUGGAUCAAAUCCGUGGCAUUUCAUCUUAUUUGAAAUUACUGGGUGACAAGAUAUCGUACAUAAUCGGACGACUUUGUGGCAUUUAAGUUGUACGAGUAAUGUCACGGACGUACGUAAAAAGGCGGCACUCGGAUCUGCCGCAGUUUGAAUCCGUCGCGAGAAUUUCAAGUCUGCCAAUCGUUGAGAGCGGCAUGCACUUAGCCGGCAAUGUCUACGACAAAAUAAAGCGCUCGAACUCAUUGAUGACCUGGAGUCUCGACACUGCCGAACACUCUUUUGCCGUGGCAACGGCCUCUGCACGACCGGCCAUUUACGCCUUGGAUGGCCCAAUCACCAUGAUCGAUCAGUUACUUUGUCGGGGCAUCGAUAUCGUUGAAGAAAGAGUCCCAGCUGUUCAUUUGCCUCCUCAGCUUCUCUACUCAAACACCCGAGAAUACGUGAACAGUCGAUUCGUGAGGCCCGUGCUGAGACGAGCGGGAAGUGUAACGCACAUUGGUAACCAAGUAGCCAAUAAAGCAGCCGACCGUCUGGAUGGUGCACUAACUAUCGCCGAUGAGUACAUCGAUCAUUAUUUGCCUGCAGAUCCUGCUGAUAAAGUUGCUGAAGAUGCGGGUCCAAUAGAGACUGUCAGCAAAACAGCGCGGACCAUUAAGCACGGUGCUAGAUUCUCGAGGAAGCUUCAGAGAAGAAUAACGCGCCGUACCCUCGCCGAGGCACGUGCCCUUAAAGAACAGGGGACCGAGUGCAUCCACGUUCUGCUAUACGUCGUUGAACUAAUCGCUACGGAUCCCAAAAUGGCGCUGCAAAAAAGCAAGGAGCUUUGGGCUGCUCUGAGUCUCCCGGAGCCUGAAAACCAAGCGAGACCAGCUACUUUGGAACAGCUUCUUGUUCUUCUGACACGCGAAUCAGCACGGCGGAUAGUUCAUCUUGUCAAUGGCACAGUGAGCCUGGCCGCUCGUACUCCGCGUCGUCUGGGCAGAACUCUCGUUGCAGUUUCUCAUCAAUUAUUAACCGUGGCCGACGCGGCUUUGAAGGUCGCAAUUCCUCUUUUUCCUUCGUACGAUAUGGCACCGAUCGUUGGUUUUAAGCAAGAUUACGUGAAAGCACAGUCGUACGUUCUGCAAACUGCCAUACAGAGGCUCAGCUCCUCUACAAACAUAUUUUUGGAGCGGAUGGCAGCUUUUCUAGCAGGACGUCCUGAGACUCCAGUGAUUGCGAACGCGAAGCAAAAUUGUAAAAAGAACAACCACAACCACGUAAAUGUCUCGUCAAAUUGUCCUCUAAACGGGAUCGAAUAAUCGGUAAAUCACACGUCACCAAAUUUAUCGAAUGCGUCUGAUACAGCGAUGACCACUUUUCUUCUUUUUCAAACACAAGGAACAUCGAAAUUGUCUCAUAAUCUCAUUAUAGGUAGUCGAUUGAAAUGAUACGAAUUUAGGUGUAUAUACUGGACAUAAAUACGUUGAUUCUAUAUAUAACGAAAUGGGCACUGUCAUCGCUCGUGCUAAUUCCAUUAUGUUGACGAUAAGAGCUUUUUAGUUUCUUUUUUCUUUAUUGACCUAAUUCUAUGAUAGAAAUAAACUGGAUUCUUCAAAUUUACCAUUAA